UCAAUCAAUCGAUUCAGUCAUCUAUUGAUAUCAAUAACAUUGUUGUUGUUGUCAUCAAAACCAUUGAAUCUAAUCAUUCAUUCAAUCAAUCAAUGGCUCAGUUAAGCGGCAAAUGUGUAAUCAUUGAGACGACGACAACAUCGGGUGGACUGAGCGGCCGCACCAUCGGAUUGAUCGGCAAUACGUUGCAUCAACUGUUGCUACUGACCGCUAGCCGAUUGGACACCUGUCAGACGGUCACACAUUUUGCCCUAAUUGUCAUCAACUCUAACAACACUAACAACAACACAGAUGUCCAGCAAGUGAUACCAUUGAUGAGUGUCAACGAUCAGCGAUUUCGGCGACAAUUUUUGGACAAACUAUCGCAACUGAAUCGCUUUGUCGGCAGCCGUAUGGCGACGUCCACUAUCACACCAUCGGCCACAACAGUCGGCAACGUAUUGCCGGCCAUAGAGUCGGCGCUCAAACAAAUCUACAAUCUGGUCGUCACCAGCAACGCCAUGGAAUCAGUCGACGUGAUCUAUGUUAGCGGUCGGCCAUCGGCGCAGGUUUUGCGCGAUUUUGACCACUUUUUUACCGAUAGACAAAUGGAUUUGGAGUUUGUUUCAGUGCUCAAUAUAGCCUGUAUUAAGUCGGACGACGACUAUUUACAGUCACGUUAUUUACCGAUUCUACCGAAUCCAUUGUCUACGAUGGAGCCGAUUGUUUGCAGUUCGUCGGGCGUAAUAACCGAAUCAAUGAAUGACAAAUCAAUAAUGCAAACCAUAUCGGAUGAACUGAAAUCAUUGGUCGAAGUCCAGACCAUCGAUAACAAUGAGUUUGCCAUCGAUGGCUACUUUAAAGUUUGGUUACAUUUUAUCGAUUUUAUCAGCGAACGAGUUAGCCUACAUAUCGAUGGCGGUAAUAAUAAUAUCGCUGAUGGCAAUGGUUGUGGUGAUCAAGAGUUGAUCAUUAAAUGCGAUAUCAAAGAAUCGUUAAUCGAUAUGAAUAGUAUACCAAUCGAUAAAAAUGGCAAACAAUUGACAGCGGAUCAGAUGAAUCUAAUGAAAUUGUUGCCAAACAUUGGCGGCCACGGAGAGGAUGAGUACUUUGAUCUGAAAAUAGUUGGAUUGGUUGGACGGGAAGGACUAUGCGAUUCAGUUAUUUAUGGCGUUCCCUAUAUUCUAAGCGCCACCCGAUCGCUGAAGAUGUCAUUGAAAGAAUUGGAACACAAUUGGAAUCGAUUCUAUGGUCUAAUCGAUGCCAUGAAUGAGAAAAAAUCGGUUAUUAUUCUGGAAUCGAUAAACAAAUCUUCUUCGUCGUCGUCGACGACAACCUCUCCGUCAUCGUUACUGAAGAGUUACUACGCGUGUAUGUCAUCGCCCGAUAGCCGAACAUUGGUCAUGAAAUCGGUGGCCACUAAAGAGCUAGUUCUACCGUAUUUUACCGAUUCGGUAGACUCGCUGAUUACUCGGCAACCAUCGAAGGACAUCGUCGACACAGUUCAUCGACAUUUGGAUCGAUUGCCGUACAAUGAUAUCUAUAAUCCAUUGUAUGUUAAAAAUAAUUUAUACGACUACUUAUCGUUGUCGUCGACCUCAUCAUCAAACGGAUCCAAUGGCUAA